GAGAAGUUCCGAAUAUCAAUCACCUGACAUUGAUUUUUUUUUUGGAAGACAGCCUCAGAAAAGAUGUUUUGCAAAUUAUGUUUCAUUGCUGUAGUUGCAACAUCCGUAGCAUUAAAAUCACCUGUAUUAAUAUGGUCUCCAUCAAGGGGAUUAAGUGAUCUGCCACAGAGCUACACAGGACAGACCAUUAAUUCAGAUGACUUUCAACAGUCCUAUGUGAAACCUUUAACUAAAGAUAACAACUUAGUGGUUUUUCUUCAAGACAGAUUGAGUCUUCAGGAUUUGAACCACCAUGCAGAUGUUUACAAUCCAUACAGUGAUGGAGGAGCUUUUAAAAACAUCAAGUCCUUUAUGGAAGACCAUUUUUCGGCACAGAUAUCAUCAGUUAUGUCUCCAUGGACUGGUCUAGAGAACAUAAUGAAAGACUUUGAGGGCAAAGUUCAUAAAGUUAUGGAAUCUGCUGACCUUGACAAACUUAAUCUUGGAGGACAAGCUAACAUAAUCGUUGUUCACUUAAAACCAGUUCAGGGAUCUAGUAAUGAAGGGAAAGUUUUUUCAGACAAUGAUGUGAAAAUGGCUGAAGUAACUAAACAGCUAACAAAACGAGGGGUCAAAUACACAGCUGUGUAUACAGGAAAAAGUGCAACAAAGACUUCUAAUGUUCAGGGUUCUGGUGCAAGCAGAAGACUACAAGCUGUAGAUGAUGUGGCUAACAGCAAUGCCACAUUUUUGAAUAUUACCUGUCCUGGCAGGAACUCACCAUUCUACUUCUAUCUGAGAGGUCUAGAAGUAAUGGCGCAGAGUAACGAGUCAAAUUACAAUAAUAAUAACGUCACACUGGAAGAUGAUGGCACCUCUUGUGACAAUGAUACAGCUGUGUUAAAGCUGAAAGGCAGUGCAGAAGAAAUGACAUUAAAAUUGGAAUGGUCCAUGUGGAUUGACAACAUAACAGAAUUCUGGAUUAUUAGAGAGAAUAUGGUAUUCCUAGAAUGGAAAAACAGCAGUAAGACUGUCAGUGCUAAUGAGACCCUAGUCAUCAAACCAGGAGACCUAAUGGCACCAAAACACUUCUCUUACCAUUGCUCGAUGUACAAGAUUACCACCUUACGUGCCAAUUCAACUGCUAAUAUCACAUUGAUGUUUGAUGGUCUUCAGUUCCAGCCAUUCAAUAUAAUGGAUGAACAGUUCUCUGAUGGUUGGGACUGUAUAGUAUUCUUCACGCCAGGGAUAUGGAUGGCCAUUAUCAGUGUCUCCAUCAUGAUAUUGAUUGUUCUGUAUGGAUUAGGGAUGAUUGCUUCAUUGAAAACCAUGGACAGAUAUGAUGAUCCUAAAGGAAAGACAAUCACAGUCAAUGUUAAUGAAUGAUCAUAGCAAAAUAUGAGAGAUCUUUGUUUCCAUUAUCUAAAGUCGUAACUAAAAUGGUCUAUUUUUUCAAUUAAAUACUUGAAUCUGUAAUUAGAGAUACAAUUGAAUCACUUGUGAGAGAGAGAAAUUUCCAUUGCCAGAAAGAGUAAAUUUAUUGUGGUAAAAGUGUGUAAUAACAGUAUCAAAUCAGUAAUUGGCAAAGAUCAUACUGGAUAUACAUCUAUAUGCUUAUUUUUUUUAUUCUUUGAAUGUUCUGUAUUUGUCCUAUUUUGUAACAUGACUGGAAUAGUUGAUGUUAGUGUAUAUUUGUUACUACAAAGAUUAAAUGAUUAAUGGAAACUUAAUCUCUCAUUUUGAAUUGUACUGUAGACACUAGUUCUCUUAUAUUUAAGGAAAUCAUUUUCUUUAAUUUCAUUCAUACUUUUAAUGUCUUUAAGUUUUCUUGAUUGUUAUAUUGUACCUGAUAAUGCCAAAAAAAGAACUUAAAGUUAUAAUUUUUCUGUUGCUUUUGAAAUUUUGGUUAAAUUUGUGCAUUUUCUAUGUAGCUUAAUUGUAGAAAUCACAUUUAUUAGAGAGAUGAGAGACUAAUCUCUAAUUAUAAACUAUAUUAAAAAUAAGUGACAAAUUAAGAAGGAAGCAAUUUUAUUGGAUUUGGUCUGUACAUUCUGUUGCUGUCUUUUCAGGAGAACAUCGUGACAUACUACUGACAAAGUUGUUUUGAUUUAAAAGUGGUUUAAGUACCACAUUUUGGGAAGGAUAUAAAAAUCAGUUCAUCAAUUGAAUAAGUAGUUCCCACACUUUAUUUUUCUUUUAACUAGAUAGAAAUAAAAGAUAGACCAUAUAAUCAAUAAUUUCAUUUAUAUAUUCAGAUGUAUUUUCUUUAAUGCUUAUAAUAUUACCUUCUACAUACCUAAUACUUCAAAAACUGUAGUCAGCAUAUUUUAACAAAAGUUUACCAAAAUUGACUUAAUAACUAAAGUUGUCAUGAACUUUGGGAGUUCAGAUUUCCUACACUUCUGGUCUGGUAAGGUCAGAGAAAUCUUAGGUCAGGGAUAGUCCAACUUUGGUAGCUUAAUCUGCACUGGACAUAUGCAACAUUUAAAGACCAUAUAAAUGAUUGGUUUCUCCUUCAUCAUCCUCUUGAACUGGAAAAAUGUAACAGUAACAAAACAAUUUUUUUUUAACUGAAGAAAACCACAAAAAUUGUACCAGAACUUUAAUAAAUUAAACAAAGGAUGAUCUUUAUUAACAAUAUAAAAUCAUACAAAAUGUUUUGUCAACAGUUUUUCCACAUUGGAAAUGACCCAUUAAGAGUGGCCUUUUUCUUUUUGCAAGGACUUACCUUGAUUUAUAGAGAACAACAUAUUUGUGGUUUAUUUUAGUGAGUAAAGCAAUCUAUCAGUUUUCAUAGAGAAAUAUAUCUGAUAGUUUUUCAUACUGAAGUUGGAGUUAAGAUUGUUGUCAGUUGUUUGAGAUACUUGUGUAUCAGUUAAAAGACAGUUUUCAAAGAAAUUGUAAUGGACAUGUAUGUUUAAAGUGAAACAAAUACUUUAAACAACUAAAUUUCUUGAGCUUUUUCUAUGCAACUUUAGCAAGUAUCAAUUGAUAACAUCAACAAAGUUCCAAAAUUGAGAAAAUGAAUUGCUCUGAAUUCUGCUGAAAUGGGAAAAAUAAAUUUGUUCCUGAUUACAAAACAAAGUUGCACCCCAAAAAAAUCCCCUUUUCUAAGUGACAUAUUCUGUUAAAUUGUGUGUCUUGCAUUUUCUAUAGAAAUUCUUUAAGUACUUUUUGUAUCCUAGUAAUAAAAUGAGGAAUAGAAACUUG